AUGAACAACUACUACUACCCCCAGUUUCCCGUCCCCCUCCAGCCUAUGGCUCCCCACCAUCCCCAAGGCCCCUGGCCUCAGAACCCAGGCCACGGUGCUUUCAUGGCACCCCCUGGCUUCUUUGGCCCACCUGCACCGCCUAUCUUUUUCAUGGCGCCCGGCAUGGCGCCCCAACCCCCGUUUGCCCCAGUUAUGCCGGUCAUGAGACCUCAUAUGGGCCCUAUGGUCUUUCCUCCGCCUCCUCCACCUGCCAUCGCCCCCCAGACCCCAAUCAACGACGGCAACGCCCAAGGGAUCUUGCCGCGGGAGUUUCGCGUGCAUGUAGGAAACCUGCCGAGAAGCAUGGACGAAGCCCAAGUCAGGGACGCGCUGCGGCGGACCUUCAUGAACAUCGGCCCUUGUUUCAUCAGGCCGAUGCUUGAAGCCAGAUUCCCGACCGCGUUCGUCCAGUUCACGGCACCCGGCCAUGCUGAGCAAGCCCGGCGGCUUCAUCAAAACGUCCGGAUUAGAGGACGACUUCUGCGGAUCGAGCUUGCCGAGGGAGGAAGAUGGCCGGCAAAUCAAAAUGGCCUGAUCUUCCCGGUCCACCCGAUCGAACCGGUCGCACCGGUCGAACCGGUAGUCCCGGCGCCUCGGCCGCAGCCACAACCUUAUCAGGGUCCACUGAUAGUACACAGUGUGCCCCCCUCGUCCUUACCAGAUAGAGACGAGGGAGAAGAAAGGCCCGAGAAAGAGGAAGAAGAGAAGAAGAAGGAGGAAGAGAAAGAGGAGGAAGAGAAGAAGAAGGUGGAAGAGGAAGAGGAAGAGAAAGGGGAAGAGAAAGAGGAAGAUUCCACGCCUGGCCCAACUCCGACUCGGCCCCAAACACCCGACCGUACUUCCCUCGAGGGGUACAUCAGGUAUUUCACCCUCCUGGCUGCGGAGGAAUUGGGCCAUACCGACCAGCCCCAUAUCAUAGAGUCCGUGGCUGCGGAUAUGGAGGACGAGUACAGGAAGAAGGACGAGACCAGCGCGAUAGUGUUGAGAUUGGACAAGGCCUAAUUACCGAGGCCCGACAUCUCUUGGAUAUGGUCUGAAACAGGCUUUGAGACCUGUAACAAGGUAUGGUGUCUUUCUUUCGUGUCCUUUCAUUUGUAUUUUGUGUUAUUUUUCAUUUGUUUCCCUGGAGUCGGAGUUGGAUAUGGAUCAUUCACGCAGUCUGAGCUGGGACUCGACGGUGCAUUCUUGCUUGCUUUUUCUUAUUGUUUGUUUUAUGUUUCCUUUUCAUGUUCAAGGUUAUACCAAGCCUCGGUUGGGUGGUAGGGACGGGCUUGGGCCGCUUUGCGGCACCACUUCGCAUUCUACAGCG